GGCACGAGGUGGGACCUGUGAGCGUACGUUACGAGGAGUGGUCGAUUAUUUACGUGCGCGUGGAUCGUGUUACGCCGUGUCGUCGUCGUAGUCGGCUCGCGACAGCACGAGGUUGCUCACCUGCUCUCCUCACGCCGAGCGUAUCCACCUCCGCGUUGAUGCUCGCUAUCGGAACGGCCGACGGAUCUGGGAAUCCGAGCGGGCGAACGCUGUUUGGUGCACCGUCGCGUCGCGUAGGCCGUCGCGUUAAGAUCGCGUCGACCUCCUCCUCGUCGUCCUCGUCGGCCCGGAUGUCUUGGCCGAGCUGAGGGAUCGCGUACUCUCCCUCCCGCGGGUUGCCGAGCCCAGCAGCUCGAGGCGCGUGUGUUAACGACCAGGUGAUACCGGCCGCGUGUGGAACGAUGUGCGUGACAGCCACGCCGUUGAGCGCGACGAAGAUACUGAAGGAUUGCGCGAGGCAGCCGGCGAGGACUACUAUCGCGAGCAGUGCACAGGUGCAAGGAUUAAGCGGCGCCGGCGGUGGCCACCACAACAACAACAAUCACAACGGCAACCACCACCACAACCACCACCACAGUCACCAUCAUGCCGGCGACACGGACAGACCGCAGCACACGUCGAUCAUGAUGGUCCGCAUGAUCGGCGAUGAAUUCCUCACGGAAGAGCGGGACCGAAAAUACUACGCCGAUCACUACACGUGCUGCCCGCCGCCUCUCUUCAUCAUCCUCAUCACCCUCGUGGAGUUGGGUUUCUUCACAUACUACACAGUGGCGAUGGGCGAGGUGAAUCCCUCGGGGCCGGUGCCGAUCGACAGUGUCUUCAUUUACAGGCCAGACAAACGGCUCGAGCUCUGGAGGUUCGCCUUCUACAUGUUCCUGCAUGCCGGGUGGCUUCACCUGCUGUUUAACCUGGGGGUACAGGUGGUCGUGGGACUUCCCUUGGAAAUGGUUCACGGAAGCCUGAGGAUCGCCGCGGUUUACAUGGCCGGAGUUCUUGCCGGUUCGUUGGGCACGUCGGUGUUCGACACGGACGUAUAUCUCGUCGGGGCGAGCGGGGGCGUUUACGCCCUUCUAGCGGCGCAUCUAGCCAACGUCCUCCUCAACUACAACAAUAUGGAAUUUGGGAUAGUUCGGCUCAUCGGCAUCUUCGUCAUCGCCAGCGCCGACGUGGGCUUCGCGAUUUACGACAGGUACGCGGCAGAGCAGAUGGGCCCGCCGGUGUCGUACGUCGCCCACCUGACGGGCGCCCUGGCGGGCCUGACGAUUGGUCUCCUGGUGCUGAAGAACUUCGAGCAACGGCUACACGAGCAGCUACUCUGGUGGGUCGCCUUGGGUGUCUAUGCCGCGUGCACGAUCUUCGCGGUCAUGUAUAACCUGAUGCAUCCGGACUAUCCAUGACGCGAGGUCAGCUUCGCGUACGGCCAACCGAGGCACACGUAACGCGAAGCUGAUAGUCCCCGGAAGAAGAAGAAAAAGAAGAGAAGGACGGCAAAGAGGGAGUGGAGCAGGGAUCGACGGAGGAAGCGGGGAACACCGUUGUCGAGCGCCGUCGAGGAGGAUCGUCGAGUGUCGCAACAAGGUUCUAAAUGGACGAGUUGUCUCGUCGACAACGCGUCCAACCGGAUCGUUCUCGAGGUAUUGGCACCGAAGAUGAAGACGACACGAGUAGGAGGGAACGAGAGAUGUGCGAAGAAGCCGGGCUCGACCGUCGUUCUUCCAGCCAGGAGAACGUGACUUCGAUCGACCACCGCGCGAAGAGGACCGCGACGUGAUAUAGUUUCGUAGCACAUAUUUUCUUCCACAGGCCGGCCUGUUCGCGCACGCUUACGCGCGUCACUCGAGAGGAUAAGAAAGAGAGAGAGAGAGAGAGAGAGAGAGAGAGAGAGAGAGAGAGAGAG